AGCCCACGUCCAACGCCCUUUCACUUGAGUAGCUCUAGUUUCCUCCAAAUUGAACGAACCACCUCCCACGCAAUGGAAACUAGACUGCGCACUCACGUUAAUUUUAUCUCCACGUACUACCGUAUGUGCACUACGCCCACCGUUGCUCAUCGAGUCACCAGAUUUCUUUCAUUUAGAGUCUCACGUGAGACCGCGCCAGACCAGGCAAUUCAGUCACAUCGCGUUGUGCUAGCGUGCUUGUCUCUUGCCGUCUUGCGCAGCAAUUCGUCGUCGCUUUGGCGUUUCUCGUCUCGGCGAUGGAUGAGGAGCGUCUCUCGCAGCUCUUCAAACAGCUUGACAUCAACAAGGACGGUCUGGUUGACGCGAAAGAGCUGGAAGCCGGACUUAAACGGUUAGGAGUGAACUGGACGCAGGAUCAAGCUCAAGAAAUCGUUCGGCGCGGCGACGAGGAUUGGGACGGUCGUCUGGACUUUCGGGAAUUCGCCAAAUACAUGAUCGAACACGAACAAAAUCUGAGGGUUGUAUUUCGAGACAUUGAUAUCAACAAAGACGGAAUUCUAGACAAGGCAGAGAUCAAGGCGGCUCUCAAGCGACUCGGACUGAACGUGACGGACAGAGAAGUCGAUCGACUCGUCGAACAUAUGGACAAAGAGGGAAAUCUAACCAUAUCAUGGGACGAAUGGAGAGAAUAUCUCUUGCUACAGCCGGUAGCAACGGUCAGAGAAAUCUUUCGCAUUUGGCGUCAUGCAACAGCUAUUGAUAUUGGAGAGAAUGGAGUCAUACCUGAUGACUUCUCGGAGGAGGAGAAAGUGAGUGGAAUGUGGUGGCGGCUGCUGGUGGCAGGUGGUGGAGCAGGUGCCGUUUCUCGGACCUUUACGGCACCGUUAGAUAGACUGAAAGUAUUACUACAGGUGCAAGCAGGUGGCAGUGCAAGUGCACGUCUUGGCAUCAUCUCUGGUUUACGUGAAAUGAUAUCUGAAGGCGGUCCUCGUUCCCUUUGGCGAGGCAAUGGCAUAAAUGUUCUAAAAAUUGCCCCCGAAUCGGCACUAAAAUUUUUCUUCUAUGAAAAAGUGAAACAAUUGUUUACGCACAAUCGCUCUCAGGUGGGAGUCGGUGAGAGGUUUUUGGCUGGAUCUAUUGCAGGAGCUUGUUCACAGACAAUUAUUUAUCCAAUGGAGCUGUUGAAGACUCGUCUUGCGUUACGUAAAACUGGUCAGUAUCAUGGGAUUUUUCAUGCCACUCGAUCUAUCAUGCAAACGGAAGGUCUACGGAGUUUCUAUCGUGGGUUGCUGCCAAACCUCAUCGGUAUUAUACCAUAUGCUGGAAUCGACUUGAUGGUGUAUGAGACUCUCAAGAACAGAUGGUUAAAUCAACAUCCGUCCACAACCAAUCCCGGAGUCUUCGUACUCCUCGCUUGCGGCACAGUAUCAUGUACAUGCGGCCAACUAGCAAGCUACCCUCUAGCUCUCAUACGAACGAAACUACAAGCAGAAACAACCAGAGUAGGCAUCACACACGAACGUCAAGGAAUGGUGAGCGUAGUGAGAACGAUUUUGAGAGAAGAUGGACCGACCGGUUUGUAUCGAGGAUUGGGACCGAAUUUUCUGAAAGUCAUUCCGGCUGUCAGUAUCAGCUACGUUGUGUACGAACGAUUAAAGAGUGUGUUAAGUGUACGUACAUACUAGAUGUAAGUUUUGAAUUGAGUUUCACAUGAUAACUUCGCAGAGAUGACAGAUUCGAGAUUUUUUGAGAGAGAAAAUGGCCGCUAUUUGUUGCAUUUUGAUAUUCUAUAGACGUACACGUUGCAUAUGGUAAUUAAUAUUAAUAUAUUAAAUGACAGACAUUAGAACA